UUAGACUGCCAUAAUCAUAUUCUGCUUUCAAGUUUUGCACUCAUUUCACAGUUCAGAUCAUUCUUUUUCCCAGGAUUGCUGAGCCAAUAAUGCCUACACUAUAAUCCCCAAAAGCUUCCAUCCCCUCCCUUUUCAGUUAUGUGGCCUGUUGCUUGCCUGUAAUUGACUCCACCCAAUAAGUUGUCAUUCACUAACUCUGAAGGACUCAGCAUGAAAUUAUGCCAACCGUCUGCUCAGGCUGCCAUAUGACCUUGAGUGGUGUGUACAAAAGCCCCUACAAUGCACCACUCCCACAUGUGUGCAUUCAGGAGCUUAGUGCACGUGACGUUCACCCGCAGAAUAUAACUUGAACAGCUGCUCAGCCUCCUUAGGGACUGACUGGCAUUCUGUAUCUAGUGCUUGUUAAUUCGGACAUAUCCAACUCCUACUACCUAAUGAUCAAUGGAUAACACCAGUAAAAAAGCGUGUCGAUAUUUUAAAGUGUGUAAUCAUAUUUAACAGGGCUUAGACAAAUGAGAGGCAUUGGUCGUUAAGGGAGACCCUCCAUCAUGCCUGUCAUUUUAGUCAUUUAAAGAGCAGAGGAAUAGGAAGCAGAAGGUUGGCAUUGAUAGAAAGUGCUUUCGUCAGCUCAGACAGGAAACCACAGCUGCAGGACAUAUCCUCUGACCCACAAUGCCAGUAGUUCUGGAUAUCACAGCUGCUCUGGACUGCCUUACUUCUUGAAUGUGUUUUGUGUGUGUGUGAUUGAGCGAGUGAUUGUUGGUGCUGCAUGUUUGAGUUCUCCACAUUGCAUUGUCUUUUUUCCUCAAGAGUGAUCUCAACUGCCUAUUUUUGGUCUUCAUAAUAGCACAUUGUUGAAGGAGACCUCAGGCUAGGAUUUUGGUCGAACCAUUCGUCAUGCUUAAACUGUCACCUUAUAAUUUUGUUUUGGGAUAUAUGUAGACAGACUUUCUGUGUUUGUUCAAGGCUGGCCAAAAGAUUUAGAAAGUCUGUGUUGUUUAAAUGUGGGUUAAGAGAAUGAGCUUUUAUCUGAAGCUUUUAUGUUUUUAUCUGAAAUGAAGAUUUCUAGAGUAGCGCCACUGGUAUAAUGUAUAAUCACAUACAAAUAAAUGAACUUUAGCUUAGCUGACUUCUGCAAGUCCGACCUAGUUUCUGGACUUGCUCAGUGGGGUCCAGAUGAUGGCCAGGGGCUGGAGGGUGUUGUGUGGGAAUGAUCGUCCCUCACAAACAGGACGGUCACUCCCUCGUCCAAGCCAAAGAUUGCACUCCUAGACAAUAGCCCUCUGGAGAGUUGUAGCUGUGGAGUUGUGAUCGUGCCAUAUUCAAGGGAGAUAUCCCACUCUCUGCUCUCUGAGCUUCCGCCCACUAUUCACCUUCAUCCUUUCUCCUUUGGGCUUCCACCCACAUGAGCACACUUCCAUUUCCUUCUUUCAAGGAGAGAGGAAAACCGAGUUCUGAGGAAACAACCUGUUGUCCAUUAAGCGUUCUCAGUGCCAAACAAUGGUAAAGAGUCUUCACUCGGAUUUCAAAUAAGGACAUUCUCCGAGAACACUCAGCAUUUGUUUGCUAUAGACAUCUGUUUUUAAAGGGAGAGUCUUCAGAAGUCCAUGAGUAUUCUACAAUAUGUUGUAUAAGUAGAACAUAUAUAAGAAAUUUUGACAUUAUGUAUAAACCAUCAGCGUAAUCAAGUUACAGGUCCAAUUUUACUCUUUAGUCAUUUCACCCUCUCAUCCAAAUCAAGUCUAAAAUUCACUAUUCGCUGCUACUAAACUCGAGUCCUGAAUGGGGACCAGGGUGGAUGGGGCUGAGUUUAAGUUGCCUUAAUGAAUUACAUUCUAUAAGGAAUAAAACACUUUCAGGUGUGUCAUUUUAUUGGGAAUUAAUCAACGGCAGGGUGGUGUGAUAUGGCCCGAGGAGAAGCAGAUUACUGGCACCACCCUGAAGUUGGUUGUUUUCCUGUAACAGUAAAUCCGAGGCUUAUAAGCUUGAAUCCAAGUCAAGUUACAAAUCAUAAAAAUUGUGACUGAUGAUUUUAGACUUACAUAAAACUGUGAGAUUCUGAGUGUCUUUGAGUAAAGAAGUAAAGAAUUUUGAGUGAAUUUGAGUAAAGAAAAUUAAAUUUUGUUCAUUUAAAAACAGAAAUUGUUUCUCUCUUAUAUUUUGCCACAGGAAGAGGACAGACAUAGUAGGAAGGGAGGGGUGGUUAAAAUAGUGAGCAGGACCCUGAUAAUGCCAUAAUGAAGAGGUAUUGAAAGAUUAUGACUAGCUUGACUUAAUACAGAGAGAGAAUCCAGUCCUACACCGGCACAUUUCACGGGAAAGUUUCAGGUUUAUAAUAGCAUGUCUGACUGCACAUCGUUUUUGGACAAUGGUGAUCUCCUCAUCCCCGUCAGCUGUUGAGCCUGCCAUGGAGCACCUGGUAAAGGAGAUAAACGUGCUUCUGAAGCUACUGGAGCACGAACAUGUAAGUUCAGCCACCGCAGAGAAGAUGAGCAUUGUCAGGAACCUGUUGGGACAGUUAAAGCCAUCAGCGUAUGUGACUGGAAGCGACUUCAUUUAUAUGAACACGUCCCUCUACGGAAAUGGUACCAGCUUUGUCGAAUCACUGUUCGAAGAAUUCGACUGUGACCUGAAGGAGCUGAGAGAUUCCCCUGAGGAGCUGAAAAAACAGGAAGAGGAAGAGACAUUGAAACACUUACCCACCAAAUCAAGCCCCACUGACACACCCCCUCCACUGCCCACCACACCGCCUCCUGAGGAUUACUAUGAGGAGGCUGUUCCACUUGAGCCAGACACCACGCCUCAGUACAUCACCACCCACAGAAACCCAAGCCCAGUUGAGGACGAGGAUGCAUAUUAUGAAGAUGCUGAUAAGAACUAUCCAUUAACUCGCAUAAAUGGGCCUUCCUACAAUGACUCGGAUGCCCUGAGUAGCUCUUAUGAGUCGUAUGAUGAAGAGGAUGAUGAGACGAAAAUCAGAGAGAGGUCAAGUCCUGCAGGCCCGGUAAAAGACUGCCGCAAAUUUGCCUUCCUACUGCGUAAGAAGCGCUUUGGCCAAUGGGCCAAACAGUUAACCGUCAUCCGUGAGAACAGACUACAGUGUUUCAAGAACCCGAAGAACCGAACACCACACAUUGACCUGCCUCUGAAUCUGUGCAGCGUUGUAUAUGUGUGUAAAGAUGGGAGACGCAAGAGGCAUGAGCUUAAAUUCUCCGUUCCUGGAGGAGAAACUUUGGUGUUAGCUGUACAGAGCAGGGAGCAAGCUGAGAGCUGGCUUAAGGCCAUUCAGGAAGUUAAUACUGUGGCAAAUGGCACCACUGGACCAGAGAGUUCCUCAUCCCCCAUGACUCAACGCAAGACAGAACUGGACAAGAUGAUGCUUACUGAUAAACAUACCUCAGAUUCUGACAGUGUUGCCAAUGGAGAUUGUUCACGGGAGAGUGGUGAAAACGGGAAGGGGAAAAGGGGGGCUUUCUCUGAGCUGACUGGCUCCAUGAGUCGUGCUGCUGGCCGAAAAAUCAACCGUAUAAUCAGUUUUUCAAAGAAGAAGCCUCCUCUGCCUGGGGAUACCAGCAACCUGUCUCACACUGAUGACAACCCACGCUGUGGUUAUCUGAAUGUCCUGGUUAACCAGUGCUGGAAGGAGCGUUGGUGUUGUGUGAGGAGCGGCACUCUGUAUUUCCAUAAAGACCGAGCAGACGUGCACACUCACGUUAAAGCUCUGGUCCUUCAUGGGGUCGAGGUCUUACCUGGUUUGGGGCCCAAGCACCCUUUUGCUUUUCGUAUCAUGCGAGAUGGCAGUGAAGUGGCAGCUCUGGAGGCGAGCUGUUCGGAAGAGAUGGGCCGUUGGCUUGGUGUGCUUUUGGCAGAAGCGGGUUGUGCUACAACCCCAGAGGCUCUGCACUACGACUACGUGGACGUGGACACAAUCAGCAGCAUCAGAUCAGCAGCUCGGCAUUCUUUCCUCUGGGCCACUUCCUCCAGCAGUGCCUCCACAGACUCUCGCACCUACGAUGAAGUUCCUUAUGAAAGCGUGCUGGUAGAGGAGGCUCAGCCUAAAUCAGGGACUCAGAUCAAGCGGCGCUCUUCUUUCUCCAGCGCUGAUAGGGUAAAGAGUAACUCUGAAGUCACAGUGAAAAGACACGGCUCUUCUGUGAAUCAGUACGGUAAAUACGGUAAGACGAGAGCAGAAGAGGAUGCGCGGCGAUAUCUGAACGAGAAAGAACGGCUCGAGAAAGAGAAGGAAGAGAUCAGAAAAAAGCUGGUGUCACUACGUAAAGAGAAAAAGGAGGUGAAGGAGCAGCUUAAGGACGCCACGGGUAAACAGCAGAAGGAUUUGGAAAAGCGUCUGGCUCAGCUUGAAGAGAGCUGCAGAGGGAAGGAGGCUGAGCGAGUGGAUCUGGAGCUUCAGCUCACUGAGGUGAAGGAGAAUCUGAAGAAGUCUGUGGCUAGUGGUGGGCUGGGAGCUCCUGCUGAGACCAAACCUGCAAACAAGGUUCAUAUCAGAAAAGUUGAAACUACUUAUACUGAGUCCUCUGUACCUGUGAACUGUGCCUCUGAGAUGCGUAAGCGUCCUCCCUCCAUCUGUGCGUCCACCAGAGGAAAUGUCAUGCAGAAAGCCAAGGAAUGGGAGUCAAAGAAGGGGACUUAAUAUUGACUGGAUGUAAAGUCUGUAAGGAUUGUUUGGGUAUUUGAAGAUACUUCAGUGGACCAGGGAUUCAGCAACUGAUUGUGUUCUUUUUAACAUAUAUAUGCCCAAAAAACUACUGAUCCAUCUGUGGCUUUCUAGACCCCUUCCCUGUCACUCUUUCUCCUAUCUCUCCAGCUCUAUAUUUCAAAGGGAACAUUUUGGAUAACUGCUCAUUACCUUUCACCCAUACUGUCACCUAAUUACCUAAUCUUAUACAAACUGAGACAUCUGUACGGCUAUUGAGCUUAUUGUCUUAUCCAUUAUCUGAUGGCUCAAGAGGACACUUAAUCAUUAGUCGCCAUUAUCUAAAGAAAACAUCAUCUGAGACAGUGGAUAGUAAUAACACUCUUCUGACCAGUGCCUAAAAACACAUACAGUAUUCAUACACACAUUACAAAGGCAGAAAGCACAUUUGCUUAUAAUAAUAAUCAUUCAUUAUAUGGGCAUAUAAAUUACACGAGAGGACUAGAAACGAACAGACCCUUUUGGAGAAAACAAAUCAAAGAUGCUGAAAUGUCUUUUGAAAAGAAAAAAAAGAUUGUAAAUAAAAAGUGCAUUGUAGGACUAGAGCAGAAAAUAAGACGUUUUACGUUUAUAGAAAAUAUAAGAAGGCUUAAAAAAAAGGGAAUGAGAUUUUAUACAAGCAGCAGUGUAUCUUGUCUGUAUGUACAGCACUGAACUUACUAAAUCCCCCUAUUUGGAAUGGAAUAGAGUGUCAUGGCGUCUUUCUAUUAUACACAAUCUCUGUAUCUAGUGAGUCAUUUUGAGAGGUUUGUUUCCUUUCUUUUACACUAUGGCACUUAAUUGAUCAUGUUUAUUUAUUUAUUUUUUACAAUGUACAUAAAACCAUAUUCAUAAUCUCAGUGUUGAUAUAUGAGUCCGUGUCUCCAAGCAAAUAUGUAUAAAUGUUUCUUUUUGAACAAAUAAAUAUGAGUUCUAAUGCUUUACAAUAAACUGUUCGGUUCCAUUUCUCAAGGCCAUUGUGAAUAAGUCACAACACAUCACAAAACGAAUUAAAAAAUGCCUUGGCACCAAAGUGCCAAGUAAAAUGACAAAUUGCAAGAUACAUGUAUAAAUAUGUGAAAGUAACAAUACAAAAUUAAAGUGAAAAUAAAUGUACAAAUUAAUAUUAUUUAUUCAUUAAUUUAUUCAUAGCCACUGUGCCACUCUGUAAAAAAAAAACAUAAAAUAAAAAAAAAUAAAGGAAAAUACUAAUGAGCAGAUAAAUUAUAAAUAAAAUUCAGUAAAAUUGUUAGUCAGCUGUGUGUAUGUUUGGUCUCACUAGCAAUGUGUAAAGACCGAGAGAGUUGCUCUUGCAUUGUUCUCAUUGACCAAACAUUGAUCACCAUUGUUCCCAAUGACUAAACCCCAAACACAUUGGUUAACAUUAUUCUCAACGACAGAGCACUUAUCACCAUUGUUCUCAAAGGCCAAACACCAUUCUUGAUAGUAAUGAUAGUAUUUUGUAAAUAAGUAAAUAGUUAGUUUGUGGUGCC